AUGGCGGCAAUAACCGGGCCGAUGUACAGCUCAUGUACCGGGGUUUUACCCGCUCUUUACCGAAUCAGCUUUGCUGAGUACGGAUCUCUUUACGAACAUACUGUCAUGAUCUGGGAAGAAGACCCUGAAAUACUCGAAAAGAAGAUGCCGAUUCUGCUUCGAAAGUUUGGGAUUCGUCACGGGUCUGGUGGAGUGGGCAAAUACAAUGGCGGAGAUGGAGCUGUUCGAUUGUUCGAAACCAGGUCAGAAAUGACGUUCAUCGAGGACAAUGAACGGCGUUCGAACAGACCAUUUGGUAUGGCCGGAGGCACUUCAGGAAAAGCAGGGCUUAACCUGGCUAUUCUCAACCAUCAAAGUGGUACGAAAAGGAUUGUCAACGUUGGACCAAGGGCAGUGCUCCAAUUGAAGGCCGGCGAGCAGGUAGAGAUCCAAACCCCAGGAGGUGGAGUUUGGGGAACACCACAAUCGAGAGAAGAUGCCGUGGACAGUGCUGGUAUUGGAUUUGGAUAG